GUAUAUUGCCUCUCUCCUCGACGUCACCACCAUUCGCUAUCGCAGCCAACUUGUUCGCCCACUCAACUUGCUGUCGUCGCGCAAUGGCUGUCGGUACUGCUCAAUAUGCGCGUCAAGUAUAUUGUGAACGGCAACCAAGGCUCUAGCAUGCACAAAACGUGCUUCGUCCCAUGAUUUUCUCCAGGUCCCUGCGAAGGUCGCCUGAAAAUAAAUUGUCGCACUCUUGGCGAACGUGGUCAACAUAAUCCUAGGCCAGACCGAGUUACCACCACAUUUCUGUAGUAAUUACCGCCAUCUUUUCCGAGCACACUAUGCAGUUGUGGCCACUGGCGGGAGUGUGAUCCGACUUUCCCACGCGCCUUAUCAACUGAUCUUCCACCCGAAUGUACGUGUUUGCACAUCAUCAACUGGCGUACUACACUGUAUUGGAUCGAGACUCGAGACCAUAUGCACCUAUCCAUUACCCCCCACUGUUCAUACUCCACCAUGGUAUAUGGAGCGGGGUCCUCAAUUCUUUCCAAACAGGUUCAACCAUCGUGCUACAGUUGUCCAGACUGUUUUGUUUGGUCAAGGAAACAAAACGCAUACUCGCCAACCAUUCUUUCCCUGCCUCAUUUCCCCCCGCAGCACGCGCAAGGGUUAUUUUUGUCGCCCCGCACCGCAAGAAAUUGUCCGCGAGAUCACCAUCAAUGUCCUCUAACCCUUUGAUGAUGUUUCCCAGGGUGCUUAAGGUAGACGUUCGCUACGUCUGUAGCAUUGACUGUAAAACAAAUCUGUCAGGGUCGAGGUCCAUGUCAAAGCAAAGUACUCGACCAGGUGUUCCCUGCCUGUCUACCCAUCUCCUCCCCUCAAUUCCAAAACAUCAAACGAAACCCUUUUGCCACCCCCGACUCUAUUGUUUCUCAAUCCUGCGAUAUUCCUUGGGCGAAUGUUCUUCCCAUUUCCCCCAUUGUUGUUCAUGCAACUUGUUUUGCAUACCAACAAACGGAAACAGUUACAUCAUACACAGUCUAUGCCUGUCUUCCGGAUAG